UUUACUCUUACGAUUUACCAGGUGCCCCGUUGUCAGCACUUGAAAGGACUUUCCUAUAAGAUUAUGGAAAUAAACAAAGAGGACCUCAAAUUACCCGACAUCUCUACAGGAAAGCUAGCCUUUGUUCUUCAUAAUGUGUUUACGGAGGAGGAGUGUAACAAAUACAUAAUAGAUUCGGAGAAGAGAGGAUAUGAACUUGCCACAUGCAAUGUCGGCAGCGGAAGGCAGAUUUAUGCAAGCCAUGUAAGAAAUAGUUCUAGAAAUAGUUGGGUCUCAAAAGAGGAAGCAGGAAGAAUUCUGGGAAGAAUCAAGAAGUUCCUACCUGCAGAAUGGAAAGGAAGGAAACUUGUAGAAAUUGAUGAAAGGUUAAUAUUUCUGCGGUAUGACCCAGGUGAAUAUUUUAAGCCUCACUUUGACGGCUCCUCAAUGAAGGACAAUAGAACCAAAAGUUAUCUCUCCAUCCAAAUAUAUCUUAACCAGGGAUUUGAAGGAGGCAGUACGACAUUUUUAGACAGUUAUUCAGGAAAGAAAGACGGCAGAGUGGAGAUAGUACCCAAAACGGGCUCAGUUUUGAUUUUCCAACAUGACAUCCUUCACGAGGGAUCGGAACUGAUUAAGGGCCGGAAGUACGCCAUUAGGACAGACGUCAUGUACGAAGCCUUGUAGUUCUAGACUGACAUAGGUCUGUCCUGGUACAAAGAACGUAUUCAUGCACGACAGAAUUUUUUUUGUUUAUCAGUUGAUUAGUAUUUCUUUGGUUAUUAUUUAACAACCUAAAAAUCAAAUCAACAUAUAACAAUUAUAACAAUCUACAUAUACAUUCAUGCAGGAGCAAAAUAUAAAACAUAUAUCCAAAAUGUAUUUAAAAUCAUAUAAUAUAUAUAAAUUUUAUUAACAAAAAGUUUAACUCUCUCGUAUACAAUUUUCAUAAACGAACGAAGUUUACUCAAUAGCCCAACUUUUGGAAGAAAACACUUCAUGAUAACUUGAUAUUAUUUGGCCUUGAAACAUAAUUUUUGGGAAUAUGAUAUAUUUUU